UGUGAAGUCUGUGACCUGUACGGCUACAUAUUUGCACUUCAUUCUUUUCUUCUUUUUUUAGUUAUUAUUUUUUGAUUGGAAGGCGCUUUCUCUUCUUGUUGGGAAAUGAUACGGAAAUCAAUCAGUUGGUAAUUCUGGAGAAUGUGUGUGGGAUGAGGCUUUUGUCUAUUUAAAAGGGAAUUAUGAUUUCCGCUUUCGUUCUUCUGUGGAAUUUUGUCUGUAAACAAGUGAUAAGCAAAUAAUUAACAAAUAACGAGGGUAGAAUAUCAAACAGGAUUUGCUUGGGAUCUCUCUAAAGCUUCAUACUUGUCAUAUCGUUCUUCUAUACUUUGUUGAACUACCAUUUUUCCUGCUCAAUUUGAGAAAUUCGCUAGGACUCUAAACAUGGGUGAGAUAACCCCUUCAACAAUGCGCAGGCCGAACAAAAAACUAAGAAGAAAGGACUAGGAAACACAGCUAUUUGUUCGAAAUUCAAGACGGACUUCUGUGGAAAAAUCUUGUGCAACUGAUACAAUGUUUAUGAUGGAGCAGCAGUUGCUACUUUAAAAAGAUGCUAUCAGGCUUUCUCUCAGUUGUUCGUGCUUCCAGAUGUAGGCAACUAAAGACAUAACGAGCUUUGUUUAGAAGAUAAAAGUUAGCCACUAUGCUAGAUUUGAAUUAUAACCAAAUCGAGAAGACACCUUGCUCCUCUGGCUAAGUUUAGAAAGUGCAUUAUCUUUUGUCUUUCUAUUUCAGAAUUGAUUGGUUGCCCAUUUGUCUAAUUUUAGCUGACAAUCUAACUCUUUGGCCCAUUAGCAAGUAGUGUAGUCAGGAGUGUCUCUAGAGGCUGCCAUUCAAAGAAUGGUAACUGACUAAAUCCAUGAGGCUUGGGUGUCUUUACUACAGCAAAUAGGAGGUGUAAUAUUGAAGUACAGUCCUCUACUCUUUUUCUUUUGCGGGUAGCCCAGGCAGAUUAUGUCAAGUUGCUUGGAUCAAACAAGGACAUAGCCUUUAAAGAUAAGGACAUGGGGAAAGACAAGAAACAAAGUGAUAUGGAGAGAUGGAAAGUGGUAAAGAGAAUUCAAAUGCUAGCAAGAUAUUCUUGGAUUGGGAAUGAGGCCAACCUCAUCUCUUUCCUUGACUUCGAUAGCAUUCACCAGCUUUGUUAUUGCAGCCAUUCCAACUCUCUAUGCAAUGGGUAGAGCUGCAAUGUCUCUUUCAAAGCUGGCCGAUACAGCUCGCGAGGAGCUUCCUAGUACAAUGGCUGCAAUUAGGCUUUCUGGCAUGGAAAUUAGCGAUCUUACUUUGGAACUAAGCGAUUUGAGCCAGGAGAUUGCUGAUGGAGUGACCAGGUCAACUCGGGUUGUGAAAGCUGCAGAAGCAGGGAUUAGAAAAAUUGGUGCUUUAGCUCGGGAUCAGACAAUGUCUAUGAUUCAAGAGCGUGCGAGUUUGCCAAAAGUUUCUUUGCAGCCCAUGGUCGCAGGUGCUGCGAAGAAGACGUCGCGUGCUAUGGGACAAGCAAAAAAGACAUUCAUGAACAUCAUUUCUCGGGGAUCUGACUAUGAAGAGACUGUACCUGAAAGUUUGGAUGUAUGACCCAUUGAUCAGUUAUUAAGGUCAGCUGCUGCUUUUCCUUGCUCGACUAAGGGCCCACAUUUCCUGGUAGCUGGAAGUUCUAGAAGUCGGAAGCUCGAACUUAUUGCAGGAGUAGUAUUCUGGGAUGCCACAUAGGUGUUGGGCGAACUCCGGAUCAUCCGAUCAAAGUCAGAUAGCUGGGUAUCUUUGGAGACAUAUGAAAGAUAUAUUACCACAUUUUAGUUGGGCCAAUUUGCAGCCAUCUUAUCAAAACUGAUGUUUGUGUCUCUAGACACAUUUGAAAGAUGUGUCUAGAGAUACAUAUGUCAUUCCUUAUAUUGUUUGCUUAAAUGAUCUCUCUCUAUAUAGAUAGAUAGAAAAAGUUUAUAUAUGGUUGCAAGCAUUCUGACUCAUUAUAAGAUCGUUGACUUAUUAUGUAGGUCACAUUUCCCAUUUUUUGGGGUAGAGACAGAUGUAUUUAUAAGGAAAAGAGACUUGGCGAGGAAAUUGAUUGAGAGAAUUGGAGAGGAAA